AUGGCGACGGUGGAUCAAUUGAAAGCAUAUGAGCAAGUGCUCUUGCAGCACACCUCGGCCCUCGAUGUUCCCGUCACCGAAGUCGUCAUUUUCAAACUCCGGGGAGAUCGGAGCGAGGCCACCUUGAAUCAAAUCAAAACGGACUUUCUUAUGAACGCUGCCCGGGGCAAGGGCGUCAACCGAACCGCCUGGGGAUGCUCCCUAGAUGAUCCGAGCACGGUUAUCGUCAUGUUCGACUGGCAGAGGAUACAGGAUCACUGGGCGUUCUGGGGAACAGACCUCUUCCCGCCUGUGAUGCAGUGUAUAUCGACCGUUUUUGAGGAGGGGCGACCACUCGUACGCCACUACAAAUUUGACCCUCCCGGGAUGCUAGACACCCGAUACGUGCGGGUGCUCGUAUGGGAUGAAGGGGUUGAGCGUCGGCCCGAAGAGAUGGUAUCGGCGGUCUCCAACCAAAACCAGACCUGGAUUCAGCGCAAGGGGGCAUUUGCGGUUGACAUGAACGAAAUGACAUGGUACUGUGAGCUGCAAGGAUUUUCCUCCGAGGCUGACGCACGCGCAUCUCGAACUGUACCAAGGGGGGAGACCCAUUUGAUUGAGCUCGAGUUGGUAGUGCCGAAUUGA